AUGACAGCUUAUUUGGCCAACCUCGAGAGGCGCGUCGACUGCUUGGUGUAUCACUUGAUAAAUUCAACCUCUCAAUGGGUCAACAAACCGAAGAUACAUAUGCUCCUCCAUCUGGCCGAGUCCAUCCGUCGAUUUGGACCUGCUUCCCUAUGUUCGACAGAAAAGUUUGAGUCUUACAAUGGCGUACUCCGCAAGGCUUCGGUCCACUCAAACAAGCAGGCUCCCGGGAGAGAUGUGGCGAUAUCAUUUGAAAGUUAUGCAUCACUCCGAUUUAUCUUAUCCGAGGGGGUCAUUUAUGAUCAUACGACUGGUUGUGAGCGGGAAAUCGGGCCAAAUGUGACGUCUUUCUUUGCUGAGAACAAAAGCAUCCAGCUGGCCAUGCGUUACAAUGCGCAAUCAUCCCGUGAGGCUGAAUCAUCUGUGUACCCAAAGAAGACUUUGCGGCGGUUGCCUAAGGACAACAAAAUGGUACCGCCCCCGGAGCUUAUCAGUUUGGAUGGAGGGCCAACGGUCACACAAGUAUCCCAAGUCCAACUGGACCGGCACAACACAAUUGAUAAAGGGUCUUUUGUGGCAGUAGGCCAAGCAGGUAACUCAGAUUUGGAAAUUGGCAUCAUCAAGUCACUGUGGGAGGUCCGAACUGUAAAUGCCAAGUUCUUCCAUGGAACUGUUAAUGUGCAACACAAUUGCCAUGGGGGGAAGUGUUUGGUCGAUAAGUACCUCCCUACCAGGAAAGAGUGCCAGGCUACCCAGGGAAAAUGUUGGGCUGUUCAGCAUUCAGACAUGGAUAAUUACAUUCUGAAUUCGGCAUCACUCCAUGAGCCCCAGUUGCAUGAACAGCUCUCGGCCCUGCCUACAUCAUCCUUCUCACCCAAUCAAUGGCGUGAUUGCAUUGAUGCUGGGCACCAAUCUUGGCUCGGGGGCGCAGUGGUCAUGUCUGAUGCCGGAGGUGACAGUUCAGAUGAGGACGUCAGUGGCCCUGGGUCGCGCGUGGGAGCGGGGGGACCAGAUGAAGGCAAUGCGUAUGCUGAUGGAGAAGACCAGGAUGACGAGGGAGAGGAGGAGGAUGAAUCAGGCUCGUGCUCGGACGACUCGGAGGGCAGCUCACAGGAUGAGGAUGCUGAAGGCGAGACAGAUGAUGGGGAGGAGUAUGACUGGGGUGACUAUGAGGUUCACACCGAAUGA